GCCCGCCCCUUCCGGGUGUCGGCGCGGCGGCGGGCGCAGCAUGAGGCGGGUGACGCUGUUCGUCAACGGCAGCGCCCGCAACGGGAAGGUCGUGGCUGUGUAUGGGACUCUCUCGGAUUUGCUCUCUGUGGCCAGCAACAAGCUUGGGAUCAAAGCCACCAGCGUUUACAACGGGAAGGGGGGGCUCAUUGAUGAUAUUGCUUUGAUUAGGGAUGAUGAUGUUUUGUUUGUCUGUGAAGGGGAGCCCUUCAUUGAUCCUCAGACUGAUGGGAGAGCUCAGGAGGAGCUGACAGGUUCCCACACAGACUGGCUGACUCUCAAUGUGGGAGGCAGAUAUUUCACCACCACCCGGAGCACUUUGGUUAACAAAGAACCUGACAGUAUGUUGGCACACAUGUUCAAAGACAAAGAUGCUUGGGGGAAUAAGCAAGAUCCUAGAGGAGCUUUCCUCAUUGACCGCAGUCCCGAGUAUUUUGAGCCCAUUUUGAACUAUUUGCGUCACGGACAGCUCAUUGUAAAUGAUGGCAUUAAUUUGCUAGGGGUUCUGGAAGAGGCCAGGUUUUUUGGGAUCGACUCCCUCAUUGAACACCUGGAAGUUGCUAUUAAGAACUCGCAGCCAGCCGAGGAUCACUCUCCCAUCUCUCGCAAGGAAUUCGUCCGGUUCCUGCUGGCCACGCCCACCAAGUCCGAGCUGCGCUGCCAGGGGCUGAAUUUCAGUGGAGCUGACCUUUCCCGCCUGGAUCUUCGCUACAUCAACUUCAAGAUGGCCAAUCUGAGCCGCUGCAACCUGGCCCACGCCAACCUGUGCUGUGCCAACCUGGAGAGAGCUGACCUGUCUGGAUCCGUGCUGGAUUGUGCAAACCUGCAGGGGGUGAAGAUGUUGUGUUCCAACGCAGAGGGAGCAUCCCUGAAGGGCUGCAACUUUGAAGAUCCAUCGGGCCUUAAAGCUAAUUUGGAAGGUGCCAACCUGAAGGGAGUGGACAUGGAGGGCAGCCAGAUGACCGGGAUCAACCUGCGCGUGGCCACGCUGAAAAACGCCAAACUCAAGAACUGCAACCUGCGAGGAGCCACGCUGGCAGGGACUGACCUGGAGAAUUGUGAUCUGUCAGGUUGCGACCUACAAGAAGCAAAUUUGAGGGGAUCCAACGUGAAAGGAGCCAUCUUUGAGGAGAUGCUGACACCCCUGCACAUGUCCCAGAGUGUCAGAUAGGGGCAGAACACGCUGGAGAGGAAGGAAUCCAGACCUUCAUCGUGACUUGCUUCACCUCCCCCUCCUGAGUUCAAGUCAUGGUUAUUAGCCACCUUACAUUUGCAGUAGUGCCUAGGUAAACUCUUUUUGAUCACUUUUGGGGAGGGAAUUUUUGCUUUCAGAGGUACCAGCAGAGAGUUUGUACCUCUUUGAGCAGAGUGAGGAAGCGGGCUGGUGCUGGAAUCGGAGAGUGUGGCUGGUUUGGGGGGAAAGGUUCAAUGGUUUCAUUGUUUAGCAUUGCCUCACUUUGGAAUGCAUUUUAAUUUAUAAAGCACAAUAUAUGCAAUUCUAUUUAUUAAAUCUGUAGCUGCAGUAUGAACAGAAAACGUUACUCCUGUACAGUAGCAACCAAGUUGAGGUUUACAGGUGUAUUUCCAGGGUGGAUCCAUGCCAGGGGUGGCUCAGUGUCCCCAGGGGGUGCUCAGGUCUCUGCUGGGGUGGAAGCUGAUGGGAACAUCCCUGCUCAGAAAUUGGAUGUCUUUAAUUAAUCCUCUCCAAAUGAGUGUGGAGGUGCACUGUCAGUCACAGCUGGUGACAGGAAUCCUGCUGUCACAUGUCCUGGCCACUCCAGGCUGGAGUUCCUGCGGUUUUCACCCUUUGUGGUGAAUUCAGUGCAGAGAGGAAAGUACAGAGCUGGCACCAAAGCAGAGGGAGGCAGAGGGGCCCCAGCUCGUGCUCUGCCCUCCCCUCACGACCUCAGCAGGUGAAUCUUCCCCUGUUUCCCCUCCGUGUACUAUGCAAAGACUCCCUGACAGCUCCCUGGGCAUCAUCCUUUUCCCAGCUGGGUCUUCCUGUUCUGUUUGGGCUGCUUCAGGUGGCUGUGAAAGCCUCUUGUGUGGGGCACUUGUGCAGGGCAGAGGCCUCAGCACCCUGAUGUGGAUAAGGAGCUGCUUCCCUGCAGGAUCCAUGGAGUGCUCAGCUCACACCACCUUUAUUUUACACACAAUCAAAAAGCACAUGAAGAAACUAUACCAAAAAAAAAGAAAAAAGGUGCAUCAAGAACUUACCUCAGAUGCUUAAACCACCCCAAAGUUAUAACUAACCUUGAGUUUAAGGAAAUCAAGCUGUUACUGUAGAAAUACAAAGGAGGAAUAAGAACCAGUGGAGUCCCACAGGAGCUGGAGUUCCACAGUUCUCCAGGGGGUUGUCUCUCCCUUGCAGUGCAAUUUCUGUCGUCUUGUCUCAGUUGUUGUUACAAAAAUGCUGCUUUGCCCCCAGGCUGGGAGAUUCAGAGAUGGUUGAGGGUCAGCAAAGGAUGUGUUUGGGGGGAAUUGCAGGAUUCUCCCUCCUUUUCAAGUUGGUUUGACUCAGGUGAGUGAUGUGAACUUUCAAGGCUCAAAAUCCCAGAGCCAUGAGGUUCAGAACUGGGAUUAUUUCCUGCAGAUCCCUCUGGAUCCAGCUCUAGGACAGCACUAUAUCCUUGGAGCAAUGACCUGUAAUUCCAGGGAAAUACCACAGUGUGACUUUGGAGUCCUUUCUCACACCUCAUGGCUUUCAGUGCGAAUGUUGUGUCUGUUGCAGUAGGAGAAGAUUCCUAGGGCUAGAGAAACAAAUGAAUUAUUUUUCUUUAUCAUAUUUUGUAGCUGGCAGAAGUAAAACUAUUGUAUGGAAAAAUAUAUAUAUAUAUAUAUAUCUAUUUUCAUAAUCACUGUGUAUAAAAUCUCUUUGAACUUUCACUGAAGCACUAUGGAAUAAUCACAGCAUGUGGCACCAUCAUUCACAGCUGGAUUUUAGGUACCUCUUUUGCCAGGACAGAGCUGUGGCAAGAGCCCUGUGCAGAAUUUGCAGGUUCCAGCUAAUUUAAGUUGCAUUAAUAAAAAGUGUGAAGGAAAAAA